UGGGACACGCCGGCGACGCACCGCGAGCCGCCCGCGGAGCUCUGGCCGUCGAACGGGUCCCUGCGCUUCGCGGACGUGACGCUGCGCUACCGGCCGGGCCUGCCGCCGGCGCUGGAGCACCUGAAUUUGUACGUCGAGGGCGGCACGAGGGUCGGCGUCAUCGGCCGCACGGGCGCGGGCAAGUCGAGCCUCGUCGCGCUCGUGCUCCGCCUGGUCGAGCCCGAGGCGGGCCGGGUGCUGAUCGACGGGCUGGACGUGGCCUUCGUCGGGCUCUGCGCCCUGCGGAAGCGCGUGUCCAUGGUGCCCCAGGACAACGUGCUGCUGAGCGGGUCCGUCGACCGGAACCUGGACCCCUUUGAGGAGCACGGGUCGCCGGACAAGCGGCGCGCGCUCGACGCCGCGGGGCUCGGCGCGCUGGCGCUGGACCAUGUCGUCAAGGCCGACGGCGGCUCCCUGUCGGCGGGGGAGAAGCAGUUGUUGGGCGUCGCGCGCGCGCUGCUCCGGAAGACGAAGGUCGUCGUCAUGGACGAGCCGUCGUCGAACGUCGACGAGCACACGGACGCCGCCGUGCAGCGCGUGCUCAAGGACGCCUUCGUCGGGACGACGAGCCUGACCAUCGCGCACCGCCUCGAGACGGUCAUCGACAGCGACAUGAUCCUCACGAUGGACGCGGGCGCCGUCGCGGAGUUCGACCACCCGGCGAACCUCCUCGACGACCCGGACUCGCGCCUCAACCUCCUCCUCGCGGCCCUCGCGCCGGACCAGCGCGCCGCGCUCCUCGCCCGCGCGAAGCCCGUCACCCACGGGUCCCUCUAG